UUUGAGGAGCUUCUUUUUUUUGCAGUCGCCCCUCCCCUCAGCGAGCGUUGUAUCCUAUCUGGUUGCGGUUCUACUUUCUAAUUCCAGCACUCUCUCGCAGUUUUACGUUGUGCCCAGUGCCCAACGGAAUGGUGGACUUUUACCGUAAGAAAGAACGAACCAUACGGAAUGUGAGAGCUGAAGAGCUUUGUUGGAGACGUCGAACAACGUGACAGUCUCAAGCGCCCUGCGUUCUCUUGCGUAUGUAGCCUAUGUUUGAAACCUGUUCUACCGCAAAAGGCUGUGGGAAUGUGGGAUAUAAGUCAACGUAAAAGAACCCAUGUUUCCCUGACAACAUGACGACAGAUCUGAGCCUGACGUCCCUCCUGAAUGUGUCUGAUCUCCACAACGUGACGCGGGGAGGAUGUUCCUUGACCAGAACAGGCUUCCAGUUCUACUAUCUACCUACCGUGUACAUCCUGGUGUUCGUCACCGGCCUGGUGGGGAACAGUCUGGCCAUCUGGAUGUUUGUCUGCCACAUGAGACCCUGGAGCAGCAUCUCCGUGUACAUGUUUAACCUGGCCCUGGCCGACUUCUGCUACGUCCUCUCCCUGCCCUUCCUCAUCUUCUACUACUUUAAUAAGACCGACUGGAUAUUCGGGGACGUUCUCUGCCGACUGCAGAGGUUUAUAUUCCACGUCAAUCUGUACGGCAGCAUCCUGUUCCUGACCUGUAUCAGUGUCCACAGGUACACAGGAGUGGUCCACCCGCUCAAGUCUCUGGGAAGGCUCAAGAAGAAGAACGCCGUGCUGACCAGCGCCCUGGUCUGGGUCGUGGUCAUAGCGAGUAUCUCUCCCAUCCUCUACUACUCUAGGACGGGGCAGAAACGGAACGCCACCACGUGUUACGACACGACCACAGAGGAUGAGCUGCCGGGUUACUUCAUCUACAGCAUGUGUUUGACCGUGUUCGGCUUCUGCAUCCCCUUCCUUCUCAUCCUGGGUUGCUAUGGGAUGAUCGUCAAGGCGCUGAUCUGUAACGACAUGAACAACGGCCCGUUACGGCGUAAGUCCAUCCACCUGGUGAUUAUCGUGCUGGCCGUGUUCGCUGUGUCCUACCUGCCCUUUCACGUGAUGAAGAACCUGAACAUGCGAGCCCGGCUGUACUUCCAGGUCCCGGACAUGUGCGCCUUCAAUAACUGCGUGUACGCCACCUACCAGGUGACGCGGGGGCUGGCCAGCCUCAACAGCUGUGUGGACCCGGUCCUCUACUUCCUGGCUGGGGACACGUUCAGGAGGAAGUUGUCCAGAGCUACUAAAAAACAAUCCAAGAAGGGGGAGCUCCCUCUGCAGUCCAAGAGUGAAGAGACGGCGCUCAACAGCCUGCCGGAGUAUGUCAAGAACGGGGAUGGGCAGCUUGAGAGAGGGUCAAAGUCCGGGUGGUCUCUCUGAACCUCUAUAGGGAUUUUUUUGCUGUGAAUUGGUGCUGUGGACCUUGCAGACUGUGUGUGGACUGUGUGUGCACUGUGGAUAGAAUGAUCUGGCUGGGAAUCGGACAAAGCUGAUGGCAAUGGUGUGGUGUCUCUGUAAUGUCAUCACUACUGUUGGUAGGUACUGUAUAUUCUGAACUAGGUGCUCAUCCAUCCAUAACCAAACGGAAGGAGAAGGUAAUAGGUUGAGCUCCUGUAAACAAUGGUCUCUUGUUCCUCUAUCCAACCAACGCUGACGUUUUGUAAUGGAGUGUGCUAGCCACCCAGUGGAUGUAUCAUAAUCCCUGCCGACUAGAAGUUGGACUGUAAAUGGGUAGGUGAGACACCAGGGACGACUGAGAUCCAUUACCUAGAGUUUGGACCUCAUGACUGCUCUGUGGAGGUUAACUAUAAUGCACUCUGCAUGUUUUAAUUCUCAGAGACAUCUACAAAUGAAAUGAACCCCAAAGCUGACUGCUAUUCCCUUCUCACUUGUUCUCUCUCCUCAUGGUUUUACCUCUGGACCCAAAUUGAAACGUUUUUUUGUUUUUUUUCCAUCAGUUGUGAUCCAAAUAUUUGCAUCGCUGAAAAUAAUUUCCAAAAUACAAUCUGGAAAACUAUUUUUAAUGCUAUAUUGAUUGUGUAAAAUGUAGCAAUUUACUGUCUAUGACAAGGGAAACAACGUUCCCGCCUCGUUCAUUGUAUAUAAUGAAAAUUUUGCCCAUAUUCUUGAUGAAGAACUUGAAACUUUUGAAACUCACUGGCUUGAGACCACAGAAUUAUCCAAAAUUGUGCUGCUAAUAGAUUUAUAUUGUGAUUUGAAGAAAACAAUUUUGAAAUUAUAUAUAUAUAUAUAUAAAAAAAGUCAUUCAUCAUUUCUAUACACUUUUUACCUGGUUGGAGUCGUUUUUAAAUUCAGACUGGAGUAUUUUUUUUAUAUAAAAAAUAUAUAUAUAAAAAUAUAUGUAUGAAAAAUUACUCCAGUUGGAAGUAUUAUAAUAUUUUUCAUCAUGACCCACUCAAAAAAACAUCACACCACCCAAAUUUGGGUCACGAUUCACCAGUUGAGAAUCACUGUUCUAUGGCGUUACUCUGUGUGACAGCGACUUAGCUACAUUAACGCCUGCGGUUUCUUUAUGUGGUUGUUCUGUUUCAGUACUGUCACUGUAUCUCUAUGGCGUGACCUGCGUCUGUCCUUGGUCUAUUUAUUCUACGUUAAUAUGAAGGGUCUAUAUACUAGUUUCAUGUGAAUAGGACACAGUACAGUAAUAUGCUGUAAUAUAUUUCAUCUGUUUAGUGGGAUUACUGUACAGAACACGGUGUCAAGCCCAGUUAUGUCUUUCUUUUUUAAAUUUUUUAAACAAGACUCAUCCAGACUGUUAAGUUAUGAACCCAGUGUUAUUAUCGGGAGGCAACUUACCAAUGACAAACCACGGCAGCCAUCUUCUGUGAAGUGUUGGAAGUGUUUUAUAUGCAUGCAGAGAAUAUGGCAGGUGACCGUAAGAAUUAGAAUGAGUAGAACAGACAUUCCCGUUUGGAAGCAACGUUACAUGGUGUGUGUGUGCAAAGCGAGUAUUAGUGUGUACACACACUAAUAAUGUAAAACAUCUGCAAAGCGAGCGUCAACUAUAUCAAGUGUCAUUUGGCGUUGUUAAAUCAAAUUGGAUGAUGAUCACCUGUCCAGUGUUCUGUACACACACUAAUAAUGUAAAACAUCUGUCUUUAAGCCACCGUUCUUAGUAGUUCGGGGGAAAAUAGCUACUAGAACCCUGUAACUAUGUACAAUAUGUUAUUCUAGUUCUCUGGUCCAUCGUCUUCCUAGUGGAGCCAUUUUUCUGACUGUUCCUGAACUGGGCAUCAACUCUAGCAGCUCCGCAGAUGUUUAUAGUAUACAGUAGUAUUGUAUGUAGAACGACAUAUUAUCGGGAGAUAUGUAGACCCGAUGAGGAAGUGAAUGAAAUGAUCAUGUAUGCCUUCUAUAGAGAUCUGUGAGAUCUGCACAUUUGCUGCUCAGGUCAGGGGUUCUCAUGUUGUACAGCAUUUUGGGGGGUCAGUUAUGAAUGUGUGAAUAAAUGUUUUAUAUAAAAACAUGUAAAAGGUUA